UUUAUAAAACCACCCAAAAUUGUCUUCUACACCACGCCACAACCACACCACACCACCGCGCUCAAAAUCCUCUCUUCUGAGGCUCUUCAUCGCUUCAGGUAAUCAUUGCGCACCAAAUGUCUUUUGACAUCAACGGGAAGCAUUGGUCACUUGUUCGGUGCAAUUUUAGUUUCAUGAAUAGGGGAAGGCUCCGGUGGUCGUGGAAGAUCUUGUUUCGGCAUUGGACUUGACAAAUUGCUUGUUUUGUUUUUGUGGGAAGCAUAAUUCUCAUUGCAUUCCACAGUAGAGCUUAGAAAUUGUUUUUAUAGAAAACGGUAGUGUUUAGUCUUGUUUUGAAUUUCUUGAUGGGGAAAGCAUCGCGCCUGGCUCCUGGAUUCCGAUUUCACCCCACUGAUGUUGAGCUGGUUAUGUACUAUUUAAAGAGGAAAGUAAUGGGGAAAAGGCUUUGUUUUGAAGCCAUUGCAGAGGUUGAUAUUUACAAGUUUGCUCCUUGGGACCUUCCAGAUAAGUCUCUUUUGAAAGAUGGGGAUCUGAAAUGGUACUUCUUUUGCCAUGUGGAGAAGAAGUAUUCAUGUGGGGCUAGAAUGAAUCGUGCAACUGAAUUUGGGUACUGGAAAACCACUGGAAAGGAUAGACCUGUUAAUUAUAAUAAAAAGUUGGUGGGGUCUAUAAAAACUUUGAUUUUUCACCGAGGAAAAGCACCACGAGGUGAACGAACUGAUUGGGUCAUGCAUGAAUACAAACUUGAGGAUAAAAAUCUGGAAGAAAAAGGAGUUGUUCAGAACGCAUAUGUUCUUUGUAUGAUAUUUGAAAAGGGAGGUGUAGGCCCAAAAAAUAGUGCUCAAUACGGAGCACCAUUUAAGGAGGAAGACUGGGAUGAUGAUAAUGAAGUUGACUGUGUAAAAGCUGGCCCUUCUGCUGGUUUGUCUACCCCAACUCAUGCACUGCCUAAUAACUGUAGCAAUUCAGUUGCUAUUGACUCCUCGAUUUUUGGUGGCUUAGUUUUGGGGUCAUGCUCAGGCUUAUCUCAAACUGUGCCAGCCCACUGUGAGGGGCUUACAAUGGCUGGCAGUAAUGAUGUUGUUAAUCUAGCUUCGGGUGAUUGUGAUAUUCUUCCAGAAGCGCUUGUUGAUAAUUAUGAUGAUAUUCUUGCACUGCUUGAACCCUUCACGGAAGACAACAAUUUGAUUUCAAUUGAAGAUGGCAAGAAUAAGGAUAUCAGUCAUGAUGGAAACGCUGAAGCCAUUGAAGCCGCACUUGAAUCAACUCACAAAGACUUGGGAUAUCCGGGCAACACAACCGGACUGAGUGAAGAUGAUUUCGAUUUGGACCAAUAUUUCAAUGUAACUGAUCUGGAGUAACUGGCUUCUAUUUUUCUAUGCUUUCCUCCUAAAGUGCUGUUAAUAAAAGGUUAUUGAAAACAUGUAUGAUUAAUUGUUCCAAUACUCUGUUACGGUUGAAUUUUUUCAGAUUGAAACUUAUCACAUUUAAAGAAAUAUAAUUUGUGCAUUUAAUUUUUUUU